AAGCCUUAGCGCAUCCGGGUGAGGACUUUGGGGGUUUUUCUUUGAAGGUCUUGGCUGUCGGUCUUCGGGAUGUACGGAUCGUUUCGGGUGUUGUUUCAGGUGCUGUGGGCCCACCUGCUCUGUGGGUGGGUGCUAGGCUCCGAGCUAACUUUUGAGCUGCCAGACAACGCCAAGCAGUGUUUCUACGAGGAUAUCAUCAUCGGCACCAAGUGUACACUGGAGUUUCAGGUAGUGACAGGUGGUCAUUAUGAUGUGGACUGUCGCUUGGAGGACCCAGAUGGCACUACGCUCUACAAGGAGAUGAAGAAGCAAUACGACAGCUUUACCUUCACAGCAUCGAAGAAUGGCACCUACAAGUUCUGCUUCAGCAAUGAGUUUUCCACCUUUACGCACAAGACGGUUUACUUUGAUUUCCAGGUCGGCGAUGACCCUCCACUCUUUCCCAAUGAGAACAGAGUUACUGCUCUCACUCAGAUGGAAUCAGCCUGCGUGUCCAUUCACGAGGCCCUGAAGUCCGUCAUCGACUACCAGACACAUUUCCGCCUCCGUGAGGCCCAGGGACGCAGUCGGGCGGAGGACCUCAACACCCGCGUUGCGUUCUGGUCCAUUGGAGAAGCCAUUAUCCUUCUGGUGGUCAGCAUCAGCCAGGUGGUCCUGCUGAGAAGCUUCUUCUCUGACAAAAAGACCACUACAACACGUGUCGGAUCAUAACAGUCUCUGACCUCCGGGAUCUGAUUCAUCACUUUCUUUAUCUGCACCUAGGCUUUUGAGCAUAGAGUGUUUAAGAACAGCAGCGCUGGUGUGAAAGUGGAUCAUAUCAAACUGCCAGGUCGUACAAUCUGACACGUCAUCCUCAUUCAGCACUGCUGCUCUUAUAAACUUUAUGCAAAUUAGUCUUGAGGGAAAGGCUGUGUGUUUAAAAUGUUUUUGAGGUAUAAAAGAGAAAAACGGAGAGAAGGCUUGUAACUAUCUGUAUUUGAGGCAGUUUGAGCACUGGUCAUAUGGUUAAAGCAACCCUUAGGUAAUUUGAAUAUUUGGAAUGAUUUCUAGGCGUGUUCUUAUUUUAUUUGUGUCUUUUUCUGUUCCUGUAAUCUCGUACCCUCUUCCUGAUCUGUUCCAUGUUUUCAUCCCUAACUGUGCUCUGAAAAAAACCAAGGGAGUGGAAGUUGUGAUUAAAUGUAAUGUUGGAUGCUGCGGAUAUUUGUCCUUAUCUGGGGCUCUAAAGCCACACUUACAAUGCAAAGGGUGCUUCUCCAUGGAGGUUGUAUUUGGUUAUGAAAAAUCUGUUGCAUUUUUGUUUGUUAUUAAACCUCACUGUAUGAAGUGAGAAAUCGUAGAUACUGUGUUUGCUUUUAUCAGCUUUGUCAUUUUAGAUGAGGUAUUAGAAAGGAGUAUGCUAUGCAGAGAGUAACCCAUCCUUUAAUCAAUGUUAGCUUUCAGAAGAUUGUAUUUGGGCUGAAGGAUUGAAGUCGCAAUGCUGAGUGACUACAAACCCAAUUCCUUAAAAAAUUAGUCAAUUUGUUGUGUUAUUUUUGAUUCCAUUUCCUCUGCAUUGUUAUUAAUUUGGGUAAAGGUUCAAUUGACCACUCCAAGGUGAAUUGUGAUAUAAAAAGUAAAGGUCUGGAAGUUCUUUAUUACAUUUGUGUGACUCUAUGGGAGAUAAGCAAAAAAAAAAAACUAAUAUUCUUGUAUUUGACAGUGACAUUUUGUGUGCUACAUGGCAAUGCCAUCAGUUUUUAAUGCACCAGCUUCUAACAUCUUUGUCUUUCUCUGGUUCCAUUGCAAUGUUAUACAUAGCUCUGCCUUCGCUGUUUGAAGUGUGACAACUUAUUUAUCUUGUGGAGCGACACCUUUUGGUUUUCUACAGCACUGUUGUAAAACUCAUUUUGCGUUGCAAAAUAUUGCUUGAAUAUACUAUAGUUCUAGUAACUGAGUUGUAAUUGUAAUUUGGUGUUUUGAUCUCACUGAUUGCUCAGUUUAUUUUCAAAAGGAACAGGAAGGAAGAAUUCUAACUAACAUUACUGGUUCUUGCAGUUUCUUUCUUUCUUUCUUUUUUUUUUUAAAUAAUCGGAUUCAUUUUGCAAUGAUUCUAAACAUGCAAUGUUAAAAUUCUCACUACAUGUUUAUAGCUCUGUUGUAGGCCACAAGUAGUAGUUUCAGGUUUGUUCAACUAAGUAGUGUUGCUUCAGCCGAGAGUCACAGGGCUCAGUCUUUAUCUGAUUUACAAAUCACAUCUGACUGUAGAUUUGGUUUUCCUUAAAGAUAGUGAAGAAACAAGAAAUACCUGAGUAUCUUCGAGCCAUUUGACAUUCAUGCUGUAGAAUUUUAACUGUGCAUAACAUCAGCGAAUGUGGCUGAGAUCAGAUCAGUUCCAGGCAACACUAGAAAACAUUUUUCAAUUGUUUGAGGUUUAUUUUUUUAUAUUUAUGACAAACUUUUACACCUAACACAAUGAAAAAGACCAAAAACUCAACCCGUUCUUGAUUAUACCGUUCAAUUCUGUUGGACAUGGUCACAAGUGACUCAUGAGACUGUAUUAAAAACUACUAAAAGCUUUAUUAUUUUUGCCAUGUAUUAUUUCUGAUUUGGCUUCUGCUUCAUUUAUCAUUACUCUUCCUCCGCUCACCAUGUGUUUCUUGUCAGUUUUGAUAUGUGGUGCCACGUUGGUAUUUCCUUUAAAGUCGGGUCACGCUAGGACACAAAUUCAGCUCCGAGGCAUCGUGGGAACUUGUUAAGUUAUUGGGAUAGCUGAAUAAACUCUCUGUUUAAAUGU